AUGGUUUCGCCAUUUUUACCAGUUCAGAUCAGUUGCUCCUCCUCGACAGGUGGAUAUUGGAAGGAAUGUAACGGCGUGUUUUAUUAUUUUAGUGCUAAGAAAUAUAACUGGGAUGACUCUUUGCAAUUUUGCGGUCAUUUAGCAGACGACACUCAUGUAGCUGACCUUGGCAAACAGCCGGUAGAUUUAGCAAAAAGUUGUAGCUUUGAUUUAAAAGACAAUAGGCAAUACUGGAUAGAAUGCUGGUACGGGCAGGCACAGAGCGAUUGUACAACAUUAAAAAAGCAAAGGCAAAAAUUAGAACGCCGUCUAACAUCAUGCAAUACCAUCGCAUAUCCUAUAUGCGGAACAAGAAAAAGGCCUAUCAAAGCACUGCCAACAGACAAAAAAUCAACACCCGCACUAACAUCGAAGAAACCUACGCGCGCACAAAUAACAAAAGGCUUAAAAACCACAUCAACAACGCAUGUUCAGGCAACAACAUCUCGAAACACGGUGCAAGCAACAACAAAGGUAACACAUGUACCAACAACAAGAACGUUAACGCGUGCGCCAUCAACAAGAAAAUCUACACGGACACAUACAACAAAACCGACCACACAGGCACCGAUAACAAGAACGAAAAAGCAUCUGCAAACAACAAUAAACUUAACACAAUUGUUUUCAAUAAGAACAAAGAAGCAAACGAAUACUCCAAAACCAAAAAUGUCAAAGCAUGUAGCAGCCAGUAAAAAGUCAAUGUUUCCGCCUACAACAAAAUUGUCAAAGAACGCGCCAACAGCAAAAACGUUAAGCAAUGCGGCAACAUUUAGAAAUUCAAAACAUAAGCAAACAAUGAAUAAGUCAAAGUCUAUGUCAGUAGCUCGAAAUAUAACGCAUGCAACCAAAACGGUAGCGAUCGUACCAAUAACAAGACAGUCAUUGCACACACAGACAACAAAAACGCCAACAAAGGAACACACAGAAAUAAAAACAACAGAGACACAAACAGCAAAACAUACAACAGAGGCACAGACAGCAAAACAUACUUCAUACUAUCAGCAAGCCACGUGGAAGACAAAAAGGACAACAACGACAGUGCCGCCAACAACAGGAACAGGCAUGGACAAGAUUUAA